AUGUCGGGAGUUAGCGACAUCAGUCAAUCAUCGUCACCAGAAAUUUCUGAAUCAAGCGAGGGAACCUCGAUCCCUGAUUCAACUCCACUAACCACACCUUCAAAGUCACCCAAAACUAAUCCUCAGACCAGGUGCAAAGAGCCAAAAUUAACACGUCCCGCAGCUCCAACAACUAACCCUCAGCAAAACACCGAAUCCCAACCGGACGCCCGCACCUUCGACAGAGAAAGCUACUAUCCCAUCUACAACGCCCAAGCAUGUCUCCAAUGCCAACUCCUCGGCCUCCGCUGCUCCUUCACCACCGCUCCCACACCCCCAACAUCCUCCUCUACCCCUUCAUCAUCCACCUCCUCCGACCCAUAUAUCGCAGCAUAUAACCGUCACAAGUGUAACCGCUGUUUCGCCACUGGCGAAGGCUUCUGCAUCUUCUCCGAAUCCAAAGAUCAACAUGGACACCCGAAAUGGGUGUCCCCGCACAUGACCCGGGGAAUGGUGAGUCAGAGGGUAGACGAGUUGUUGGCAGAGAAGGAGGGGCCUAGAGCGUGGGCGUUGCCCGGGUGGGGGUUCGGCGAUGUGGUGUUGAGGGCGACGUUUGGGGAGCCGGUGUUUCCUGAGAGGGAGACUUCGGAGGCGCUGGUGGUGGAUGAAGAGGGUGAGGUGGUGUAUGAGAGGAGUUAUCCUGGCGGUGCGCAGGUUAAGAGGGUGAGAGAGUGUGUUUCGAGGGGAGCGGGAUUGGCGACUGGGAGGUGGGAUUUUGAUGAGGGGAGGUAUGUUGAGUUUAGUGAAAGUUAUUGA